AUGGAUGUUAGUUAUAUUCCAAUUAUAAAGAAAGGCUGGUUAAAAAAGCAGAGAGCUCGAGUCAAAGCCUGGCAGCGACGAUGGGUUGUGCUCAAUGGUGCCUGUCUGUUUUAUUUUAACCGUGAAGGUGAUCUUAAAUCCCUGGGAUCUAUUGUUUUGCCAGGAAACAGAGUUGUUGCCCAUUCUUUCUCCCCAGACAAUCCUGACAAAUACCUCUUUGAAAUUUUACCAGAAAAAACAAAAAAUGGAGUUCCAAGCCAUGAAACGAUACUGUUUUGUUGUGAUACUGAUGCAGACAGGCAGGAUUGGAUUCGAGCCAUCCGUCGAGUUAUGUACAAAUCACUUGGAGGAGCUAUUUUUGGUCAAUCUUUAAAAGAAACAAUGGAAUUUGAACAUAAAAGUGGCAAAAAGAUUCCCUACAUUGUUCAAGAAUGUGUUGAGUUCAUAGAAAAUAAGGGCUUGGAGUAUGAAGGCUUAUACCGUUUACCUGGCAGACUUGUGUUAAUUAAAGAGCUACAAGAAAGUUUUGACACAGUAAGUCGUGAGCCUAUUGAGGUUCCUGAAGGAAACCUCCUUGAUUUGCCAUUGUCUGAAUGUGAAGUCACACCAAUGCAGCCCGUAUAUAGUUCUGCAGAGGUUUUUGCUGAUCUGAGUGAUGAUCAUAACAACAAAGAUCAACUCUUAUUAGUUGAAGAUGGUGCAAAUUCCCAUCCAGCUCCUUCAACUGACCAACAAAACAAUAGCAACAAAACCCAGAUGAUGCCUUUACUUCGUCGGACAAGAGAAUACAGCCAGUCACAAAAGCACACAUCUAGUAAACGCAAGAGUGAGUCAGAAUUAGAGAAGAUUCUUCAGAAACAAUCUGAAUCAUGUGAAAAUUCUGUGGACGGUAAUACAAAGCGCUACGGUUUGUCUUUCUUGAAUUCUGUUGAGAAAACUGAAAAGUUACAAGAACGGAAAAGUUUGCCCUUGUCUGCAACUGAAAAAGAUUAUGAAAAGGCGACUUACCAGUUCAGCCCUGCAUCUAUCUCUUCACUGGAAGAUGACAUUGACAAUCUGAGAGAUGAACUGAUUCACGUGAAGGUAGCUGCACAUAUGGAAAAGAAUGCUUUGCAAUCUGAACUUGAUAAGUAUAAGAAACUCUAUGAAGAUAGUGUUAAAGAAAUGGAGUUUCUCAAAAAACAACUAGAUAGAGAACGGUCAGCACAGGCAGCAGCCAUAGAGAAAGUUGUUAAUUUACAGAUGAUUUUGAAUGAUUACCAAACUAAAUAUGGACAGAUAGAUUCAUAA